GUGUGUGAACUUACACGAGUUACCGCGUGGGACCCUACCUCCCGGUUUUGUUUAUCUUACCGUCUCUACGGAAUAUGUAAGUAAUGUACAAAAACUAUGUCUUGCUUGGAGCUCCCAUGCCCAAGCUACACCAGCAGCCCCGCAGGGACCACCUUCACCAACCUAGUCACCCACCUGCUGGCGACACAGUGCCUGGUCACCGAGCCCUGGCCUGAUGAUGAUUUUGAAACAGUCUCCAAGGGCGACUAUUUCGACUUCAUCAUCGUGGGAUCCGGCACAGCUGGGUCGCUGCUGGCCAACAGACUGAGUGCCAACCCUCAGUGGAAGGUGCUGCUCGUGGAGGCAGGAGCAGAUCCGCCGAUGGAGAGCAUCAUACCGAAUUUCUCUGGGGCUACCCACAGGAGCAUCUAUGCAUGGCAAUACCAUACAGAAAAGGAUGAAACUACCAACAGAGGUAGCAUCGACGGCCGUUCCUUUUGGCCUCGCGGUAAGGUCCUAGGAGGUACAGGGUCCAUCAAUGGCUUGCUGCACAUGCGAGGAAGCCCUGGGGACUACGCUCCGUGGCACACUGAAGAAGACGAUGGAUGGGAUUGGCCUACCCUGAAGAAAUACUUUAUGAAGAGUGAAAAAGUCAUUGACCCCUUUAUUCUUAACAACCCACACUUACGAAAAGAUCACGGCACUGAAGGAGCAUUCAUCGUGGAUCAACUUAAUUUCACACAUGAAGGUAUAGCUGAGAAAAUAACUGAAGGUUAUAAAGAAAUGGGUUUAAAAUUCCUAGAAGACAUAAAUGGAGAUACGCAGAUGGGUGUCGGAAAGAUUAGAGGCAGUAACUAUAAGGGUAAGAGAGUAAGUACAGCUACUGCUUUCUUAAAUGCUGCGAGAGAGCGAGAAAACCUAUACGUGUUGAAAAAUACAUUUGCUUAUUAUAUUAAAAUUGAUAAAGAAACUAAAGAAGCUACGGGAAUUAAAGUAACACUCCAAAAUGGUAAUGACGCUACAUUUUUUGCGAUAAAAGAUGUGAUAAUUAGUGCUGGCACAGUAAACAGUCCUAUGUUGCUCAUGGCAUCAGGUAUUGGACCAAAAGAACACUUGGAAGGAUUGGAUAUUGACGUCAUUGCUGAUUUGCCGGUUGGUGAAAACCUUCAGGACCAUGUUAGAAUACCUAUUCCAGUCACGAUAGAUACAGGAGCGAAGGAAAAAGACGAAAAAUAUUGGCUCAAAGCGGCUGCGGAUUAUUUACUCGAACAAACAGGUCCUCAUUCUACAAAUUACGAUCAACCGAACAUAAAUGCUUUUCUCUCCGUUCCUGAAGGUAAAUCAUUGCCUGAUGUUCAAAUUGAUCAUAACUAUUUCGUACCAAACACAUCUUACGUUUUCUCUGCGUGUGUAAAUGUUAUGUCGUUUCAAGACGAAAUCUGUAGUCAGUUUUAUGAGUUUAACUCUGAAAAAGAACUGUUGAUAUUCUUUGUGUCUUUAUGCAGGCCUUACUCAAGAGGCAAUAUUUUGUUGCGUACAAAAAGCAACGUCGGUUACCCGAAGAUAUACUCUAAAUACUUCAGUGAUGAACGCGACAUGCAGACUUUUGUAAACGGUGUGAAAGGCGUAAUGAAGAUUAUAGACACUCCAACUUUUAAGAAGAUGAAAUCUGAGUUACAGAGGAUAAACUAUAAAGAUUGUGAUGGCUUUGAGAUGGCUAGUGAUGAUUAUUGGGAAUGCAUGGCUAGAACUUUGACUUAUAACGUUUAUCAUCCUGUAGGUACAGUCAAAAUGGGUAAAGUAGGAGACCCAACAGCAGUAGUAGAUAGUAAACUAAGAGUGAUCGGUGUGAAAGGACUUAGAGUGGUUGAUGCUAGUGUGAUGCCGACUAUACCGAGUGUCAAUACUAAUGCUGCUACUAUGAUGAUCGCUGAAAGAGCUGCUGAUUUCAUUCAAGAGGAAUAUUUGAAUUUGGAUAUAAAUAAAGAUGAGUUGUGAUGCCUUUAGUUUGAUUGCUCCUGCAGUUGCUAUUCCCUCAGCAGUAGGACGGACAAAGAUUGUUUAUAGUAUGAAAUAAAGAAGAAGUUUCUCACAAAAACAACCCAUAAUUAGUAAAGUUCAGCAAAUCUACCACCGUACUCAGCUAUACAUAUUUUUAGACAUGAGCUUGCUUAAACUCAACCCCACCUCAACCCAGCGGUUAUCUAACUAAACUGUCAAAUCCAGUUAUAACAAAUAUUGAUUAAUUAAAGGUUAUGACCUCAACACGAGCUCCUAUCCUUCGCUGGAUUAAGAACAGUUAAUAACAGAAUUAUACUUUAAUAGGAGGAAGUAGCAAUAACUUCGAAACCAGUACUCCGUACUCUGAACACGGCUGGAGUUUGCAAAACAAGUGAAAGUUUUAGGCGAGUUGUGUUGAGGAUACAUCCCUUGUUACAGCGAUUCAUUUUUAUUUCUAUGAAUUUUCUUUUACCUGUCACGUUGGUCUAACAGAAAGCUCGGUGAGGCGUGGGUACUUAGUUUAUCUUGCUAUGGAUGUAUCUCUGACUAGGCCAAUUGGGAUACUGUCGUGAGCUUAUGUUAAUGUGUCCUUUUAUCUUGUGAGAUUGUGAUGUGUGUCCGAGUGAAAGAAAGCGUGAUCCAAACGCGAGCCUUAAAUAUUACUUAUUUAAAAAAUCUGCAACCUUGGUGUCUAUUCUGGUGUCCUGGCGUCAGGCGUGUAGGCGUUGGGUUGGUUGUCUGAAUGAAAAACAUAAUGUUGCUAGUCACUUUUAAAACGACUUUUUACCUAUAAAUUUUUUGUCACUUUUUUGUCUUUGUUUGAAUAAAUGUUUUUCUCUCUC